AUGGACAAGAUACGUCCACGAACAUCGCGAACUACGGCCUUCGUUCUCUUCACCCUCUGGCUGAACCGCUGGAUGGCUGCCAUCAGCCGCCGCUACUCAGCGACCGGUGAAGGUGCAGAUUCGCGGCCUCCAAGCGGCAUGCCAGAGUCCGUGAACCUGCUUGGAGUCUAUGGUGGAGUCGUCGCCACCGUCUUUGUGUCCAUUGCCAUGGCCCAAAGCACCCAGCUCUCACUGCCAGUCCCGCAGAGGAACUCGAUGCUGGCGGCGGUGGCAUUUCUGACGCCUGUCAAGGACAUCUUUCAGUUUCUGGAAGAUACCACCACCGUGAAGAUCACCUUUGCAAUGGGCGCGGGGGACCUGUCCUCCAUCAGGCACAUUGUGCUGGUGGGGCUGGUGGGCGGUCUGGGCGCCGGCAUCCUUGGGGCGCUGCUGAUGACGGCGCUGCAGGGUUUAGAGGUCAUCGAGGUGCUUCUGGCGCCGGGCAGCGCUCAAGCGCAGCUGGAGAACCCGGGCUGCGCAUUGCUACCCAGUGCGACGGAAGUGGUCGACACAGCUCGAGGCCUCUGGCUUCUGACCAGUUGGUCCUGGCCACUGCAGUUCUGCAGCAUGGUGCUGACGGGCCUCCUCAUGGGGGCUCGGGAGUUCGCGCUCUACGGCGUGGCAUCCAUCCUGGCGCAGGCGGCCCUUGGUGGGCUGUGGUUCUUUGGGCCCAAACCGCAGAACCUGCAUCUGCUCGGCUGGGCCGGCUUUGUGUCCAAUGCAGUCUUUUGCGGGUCCCUGGCCCUCUUCAUCGCUGUGCACCGACCUCUGCGGCAGAAGUACGGCCUUCUGCUGGAGGCGCGCACGGUGGAGGCCAACGGCGCCAGAGAGGCGCUGAGCGCGGAAGCGGAAGCUUCCGGCGGCACGAAGGGCGUUCUGCUGGAUGGGUUGCUUGCCAUGACGCUGGACUUGGCGCUUCAGGCUGCCGGCACCAUCUCGGUCUUUGUGGCGGCGUACGUGUCGUUGCAGGACAUGUAUCAGCUGAGCGCUGCAGGCGCGGCGCUACCACAGUUUACCGCCUACGCAGCGGGGCUGGGCUACGUGGUGCGGCUGGCAGGCGGUGCCCUGGUGGGACGGCAAGCCCAUGAGGAGUUCGCCUUUCUGAUGAAGGUGAUGAUCGGCCUGAGCGAGUCCUGCUGGGCCUCAUCUCCGCUCUCAGCAUCUUUCCUUACAUCAAUAGCCUAG